CGGUCUUCCCAUCACAAAAUGGGGGGGUGGUAGCAGAGAAGCUGUGUGCGACAUAAACCAAGUUUAACAGCGAGUUUAUCUUAUUCCCUCCCCACCGCUAUGGCAGAGUUGGAGUCAGUCCUGCUCCUUUAAAGCAAGAAGACACCCAUAGCGACUCGAAUGUAAAAAAAAAAAAAAAUGAAAGGGCGCCAAGAAGCUGGGACGAGGGAACGUGGGUGUAAAUAGGCAGUGAACACGCUUGGUCUCUCUCUCUCUCUCUCUCUCUCUCUCUCUCUCUCUCUCUCUCUCCCCCCAUCUGGUCUCUCAACUCCUCUCUCUCGCUCUCUCUCUGUCUCUCUCUCUCUUGCUCGCUCUCUCGCUCGCUCUCUCUCUGUUUCCUCGCUUUUAUUAUAUCAAUGAACGACUUUCUGAGUAGGACUUAAACAUAAGGAAUCAAAAGGCUCCAUCGGGACCAGAACGGCAUCACGCGUUUCUGCUAUGCGACUUGGCCGGCCGCACGCUACAUGUGUUUUGCUAUCAAUGUAAAUAUUGGCUUUGAUAGGACGAGAGCCCAAAAAUCAGCUCUGGCGCGGCUUGCUUUCGGACGCGAAUUUUGACCAAGACUCGCACCUUGCCUUUUCAUUCGCCACCACUAUCAUCGCCAUCUGCUGCUGUUGCAACCCGCCCUCAACUCGCUGGCCGCUCCGAACGACGAUGGCAACUUUAACCAACGGGCAAGUGGACGCCGCGGUGCACGGUGUCGGUGUCGGGGUCGGGGUGGUCUCCGCCAGCACCAACGGGCUAGUGAACGGAUUAAGCCACAACCACAACCCGGCGGGCUGCCCGGCCACCAUCCCCAUGAAAGACCACGAUGCCAUCAAACUCUUCAUCGGUCAGAUCCCCCGCAACCUGGACGAGAAGGACCUGCGGCCCCUCUUCGAGGAGUUUGGCAAGAUCUACGAGCUCACGGUGCUCAAGGACCGCUUCACGGGCAUGCACAAAGGCUGUGCCUUCCUUACCUACUGUGCCAGGGAGUCAGCCCUGAAAGCCCAGAAUGCAUUGCACGAGCAGAAGACCCUUCCAGGGAUGAACAGACCGAUCCAGGUGAAGCCGGCAGACAGCGAGAGUCGAGGAGAAGACAGAAAGCUCUUUGUGGGCAUGCUCAACAAGCAACAGUCUGAAGACGACGUGCGGCGCCUUUUCGAGUCCUUCGGCGGCAUCGAGGAGUGCACCAUCCUGCGAGGUCCGGAUGGCAACAGCAAAGGCUGCGCAUUUGUAAAAUACUCGUCUCAUGCCGAAGCUCAGGCGGCCAUCAGUUCGCUACACGGCAGCCAGACAAUGCCUGGUGCCUCAUCCAGUCUGGUGGUCAAGUUCGCCGACACGGAUAAGGAGCGCACCAUUCGCCGCAUGCAGCAGAUGGCCGGUCAGAUGGGCAUUUUCAACCCGAUGGCCCUGCAGUUUGGAGCCUACGGCGCCUACGCUCAGGUGCAGCAGCAGGCCGCGUUGAUGGCAUCCGUAGGUCAGGGGGGCUACCUCAGUCCCAUGGCCGCCUUCGCUGCUGCCCAGAUGCAGCACAUGGCCACCAUCAACGGCCUCCCCGGAGCGCCGCUCACGCCCACGUCAGGCGGUAGCACUCCUCCAGGCAUCAGCGCCCCCACGGUGACCAGCAUCCCUUCCCCCAUUAGUGUCAAUGGUUUUACUGGCAUGCCGCCUCCUCAAGCCAACGGACAGCCACCCGCAGAGGCCGUCUUCACCAACGGCAUCCACCAUUACCCUGUGUUGCAAGAAGUGGUUUUUAGGGAAGACUCUGAGAAAAAUGGCCUGGGUGUAGCUCCAAGGAGUUGUUUCGGAGUUCAGGGUGGCUGCUUUCUCUCCUCUCUAUCCGAAGCUCAAAGUCCCACUGCGGCUGAUCCGCUCCAGCAAGCUUACACGGGAGUCCAGCAGUAUGCAGCAGCCUAUCCCGCUGCAUACGGCCAGAUCAGCCAGGCCUUCCCCCACCCUCCAACCAUCAUCCCACAGCAGCAACGAGAAGGGCCAGAGGGUUGCAACCUGUUCAUCUACCACCUCCCUCAGGAGUUUGGGGAUGGCGAACUGAUGCAGAUGUUCCUGCCAUUCGGUAAUGUCAUCUCCUCCAAAGUGUUUGUGGAUCGAGCGACAAACCAAAGUAAAUGCUUUGGCUUUGUCAGCUUCGAUAACCCGGGCAGUGCCCAAGCUGCCAUCCAGUCCAUGAACGGCUUCCAGAUCGGCAUGAAAAGACUCAAGGUGCAGCUGAAGAGGCCAAAGGACGCAAACCGCCCCUACUAGCCCCGGCCCCAGCCAGCCGCUGCCAUCUACGGUGGCCGGGGUAGCUGUCGCACACAGGGGGGGAGACAGGUUUUGUUGAGCUGAAUUAUAUGUUGAUUAUUCGCUACCCGCUGUAGAAUGCAAACUCGACGUCCGGAACACUGAGGCUGCUACAGAAAGGGAGAGGACAUCGAGGCAGAGAGAACGCUAUUGGCAGAGUCAUGGGAACCUUCUUUUUGGAUGUACGAAAAACUUUGGAACCCAGUGAGAAUUUGGACCACCUUGGUUUGCCCCCGGACCUUUUUUUCUGCACAUACAGUACAGUAUAUAAAAAUAUACACAUAACACACACGCACACACAAACAGAUCCUUCCACUCAGAACCCUGCUUGAUUGACAGCUACCUUUUGUGGACCACGAAAACUUUUACUUGAACAAUGGCGAGACAAAAAAAUAAAAUAAAAGGAAAAGACUGAAAAACCCUUUCAAUGACCAACCCUGAUGGACUCUUCAAGGGAACAACGGCUGUCCAAAAGUCCAACGAGAACAUGAUAAACUUUUUAAAAACUGAAUAGAAGAUUGCUGAAGGAGAUAUUUUUGGUCUGGUUUGUGUUUUGGGGCCUUUUGGCUCAAGAGACAAAGGAACAAAUUCCAGAAGGGAGAGCGCGUAAAUCGGGAAUACGAUGUGAUCGGGACAGAAAUUGGCUUGGAUUUCGGGAUGACUUGUCUUUAGCUUCGGAGUGCCUGUCCGUUUCCAGGGGAUACCUUUGCCGAGGAGAACCACAGCAACGGUUCUCCGAGGGAGUCUUACCUGUCAUUCCUUAGUUGUUUUAGGGACCAAAAGACCAAACGUUUUUAUCGCUGAGGACUUGUAGCUCGAAUAUACUUGGACCACUGCAGCUCUUCUAUCGGCCAGUGUCAACUGGCUCGAGAGUUGUUUGAAAAAGAAGUGUACAUUUCCCAUAUAUAUAUAUAUAUAUAGUGCCAAUAUGCUUUUGGAAUAUAGGCAAAACUAUUUCAGAUGACCAAAUGGGGUCUCUCACUUUGUUAGUUUACAAUCAUUCAUAAUGUUUAUUUAUUAUUAUUAUUAUUAUUAUUAUCAUCAUCUAUUUUUUUUCUCGUUUUGUCUUGGGAGGGACGAGAGUGCAUGGGAGGGGGGCUGCUCCGCAUCACAGCCUUAUCUUUUUUAACUUAACAUCCUAACCUCAUAGCUAGAGUAACAUCCGAAACCUUUGAUCUAUCUGAACUUGUUUAUAUUUGCAGUACAUAUAUCUAUAUACGUAUAGCGAGCAUUCAAGAAAAUGUAUUCAUAUAUGCAGCGUAUAUGGAUCAACAGAUAUUAAUCAUAAGCAAAUACAUAUGUACUUAAUAUGCA